GCCCGAUCCGAUUGAAGCUCGUGAAAGUCGCUUUUUGGAGGUUCAUCUGGUACCUACCACAAUGGGUAUCAGAUGCGCUUUUACUUUUAGUGAUCAGGUACCGCCGAGAAAGCUUGGAGCGGUUCCUUGUGAUGUGAUGGUCCAAGGUUCCCGGGGAGGGAUCCAUUCCUAGUAGGUAUAAGAUCAAUGACGACCCUGGGUUAUUCUUCAUCGAAGCUGUUUUUGUAUUUCUCUCUUUUUCCACUUUUCUUCUGAAAUUGUCAAGUGCUGAGCCAACUCCUUGCAUACUAUAUAUCCGCAUUCUUCCACAGCUCAUCUUUUCCCCCAAAACCAACAACCAAACAAAACCGUACAAAAUGGCCGCUCCCGCGAACAAGACCAUCGGAGACCUCUCCGGCAAGUGGGUUAUGAACAAGUCCCUCUCCUCCGACGUCGACCCCGGCCUCAAGCUCCAAAACAUGAGCUACCUCACCCGCAAACUCAUCACCUCCGUCACCCUCACCCUCGACAUCAAGCAAUUCUCCGCUCCGCCCUCUCCUCCCGCCGACGCCGACUCCUCCGCCCCCGCCGUCAUCCACAUUGAGAUCGACCAGACCGGCACCGGCGGCAUGAAGGGCACUUCGGAAAAGCGGUGCCUCGACAACGUCUUCCGCGACCACAAGGACUGGCUGUUUGGGCACGUCAAGGGGCAGACGCGCUGGGUGACAAGUUCUGAAGAAGUCGAGGACGCCUUUUUGAAGAGCGGCUGGCUCGAGGGCGAGGAGGAGAAGACGGGUCCCAAUGGCGAGACGCACGUCUUGUCGUAUGUGGAGAGCUAUACGGAUGGGUGGACGGCGACGCAGGUGUGGGGGUUCAAGACGAUCGAGGGCGAGCGGAGGCAUGUGCGGAAUGUGGUGAUUGCCAAGGGAAGCGAGAGGGUGGAGUUGCAGUUGGUGUAUGAUUACCUUUCUUGAGUACUCCGAGGGAGGGUAACAGUGGUCAUUGAGGUUGUGUAUUGAUACCUAACUAGACGAUUUGGGAAAAUUUCACGGGUUUGUGAGCAAUGUCUAAUGCGUCUUGGGCUUUGAGCGUGGAGUGGUGACUGUUUUGGGGGGAUGGAUGGUGAAGCUCAUGGUGGUAAUCGGCAUGGAGGAGAAAUCCGGGGAGCUUGGCGGAGUGGAACUUCUUCAUGAAUCUGGUUCGAAAAAAGCAGGUCUCUUUCGGCUCAGCAUCAAUGCCAAGAUAUCAUGACAUGAAAGUGAAGAAAUAAACUCUGGGCCGCGGUCUUUCGGCACAUGUUAUUGUUGUGACCUGACUUAUGUUUUUGUGUUCAUAUGGGGCGUUGAAACAGGCCCCGUCUUGUGUCGAGACGGUCAGAUUGUUUACCUAGCGGAGCUUUGAUGAUUACUCGUAUACUUCGAGUUGGCUUCUCCGUUAGCGUGUACCCGCCAAAUACUCUCUUCUUCAGUGUGAAGCUCUGAGUGCAUUCUCAGGCCCGACUGUAUCUCUCCCCUGUCAGCUUAUGCGGUCAUACCCAUUGCUGGUUCCAUGUUGAAUGCUCCUGUGCCCGUACCUUCCCUGUAGCGAUAUGAUAAACCAUCCAUCCAAGCCUGAACGCCAAUAACAAACCAAAUAGAGUCUUUCCUCUAGGUUAUCAGGGAACUAACGAUUCUUUAAAAGAGCCGCAACUGCACACCUCCCCCCACUGUCCGGGGCUUUCGAGGCUGUGUCUGAGCCGCUGUGGUAUUCCGCGAUCCGCGACUCUCCGGCAUCCGUCUUGUCUUCAUUUCCGUCUUUAACACCCAUCCUCCCUCUGCAACAUGCCCUUACGCAGGCCUCCUCUUGACAAACUCCUCCAGAUCCGCCACCGUCGCCACACCCAGGACGAACCGCCUAUUCUCAUCCGUGAUGACGGCAAAGUCCUGCUUCUGGCCUGCCGUGGCAACGCCGGCGAAGAAGGCCUCGAGUUCCUCCAAAGGUGUCUCCAUGGUGAUGACCUGGUACUUGGCGGCGUCCUUGCGACGGAAGCGCAUCAUGGCGGUGCGCACCUCAUCUUCGGGCUUGACCUCGCCGCGCUCGAGGCGG